AUGCCACCUAGAAAGAAGGCCGCAGUAGCUAAACCACCUCCGCCACCAUUGGAAGGUUACAGUAUAGCUAUUAGUGGUACAAUACCCGGCCACACUCAAGCCGCCAUCGAGCGAGACUUUAUCAAUGUUCUUGGUGCAUCUCUAGCCAAGUCUGUUACGGCAACCACUACACACCUUAUCAGUACCGAUUCAGACUACAGCAAGCCUUCUAUCAAGGUUAAGGCUGCGCAAUCUCUUGGCGUACCCAUUGUCACCUUCCAAUGGCUUGAGGACUCCCUUAACCAAACAGCUCGUAUGGCUGAGAGCUCAUAUGGCAUCGGUUCCUCUCAGUCACAAUCACUACCCCAGCCUCAAUCUCAGCCGCAAUCUCAGUCGCAAUCUCUACCUAUACAGACCCGUGGCACUAGAAAGCGAUCGGCGGCACAGAAACUUACACCUGAAGAAGAAGAUAACGAUAAGCAGGAAGUAAAACCUCAAGCUAAAAAGAAGGUUAAGACUUCGAAAACUGAAGCACAGAGCCAAGAAGAGAAAGGCGUCAAGGCUGAGGAAAAAAAGGUCAUUAUUGCUGAUGGUCAGAUUGCCAAAUCUCGAGACGCCAGAAUUCCACUCGACGAGGGCGCUGACAGCAAAUACAAUAAUUAUGAAGUCUAUAUUGAUGACGACGGUGUCAUUUUUGAUGCCUCGCUCAACCAGACCAACUCGACAGCCAACAACAAUAAAUUCUACCGUGUCCAGUUGCUUCGCUCUGUCAAGGAUCAUUUCAUAUGCUGGACUCGUUGGGGCCGAGUAGGUGAACAUGGCCAAUCCAAAGCCGUCGGUAAUGGAACACUUGAAAACGCUCUUCAUGAAUUCAACAAUAAAUUUAAGUCGAAGACUGGUCUUUCAUGGGUCGACCGCGGGGAGUCUCCGAAAUCUGGGAAAUACGCUUUCAUCGAGAAAAGCUAUGAACCGGACUCAGAAGAUGAAGAAGAUACGAAAGAUACGAAAGACACGAAUGAUGGUACUGUUAAAAUUGAGGAUGUCGAGGAGCCCGACUCAAAACUAUCUAAGCCGGUUCAGGAGUUGAUGCAGCUCAUUUUCAAUCAGCAGUACUUUGCAGCGACUAUGCGCGAUCUUAAUUACGAUGCUGUGAAGCUACCUCUAGGAAAACUCAGCAAAACCACAAUUUCUCGAGGUUUUCAGGCUUUGAAAGAUCUCUCGGCCGUCAUAAAUAAUCCAGCAUUGGCAACUUCUCAGUAUCAGACUAGCUAUAUUUCGGCAACAGAGCAACUUUCGAAUUUGUACUUCACUUUGAUUCCACAUGCGUUUGGGAGGAAUAAGCCUCCCGUCAUUCGAGAUACGACACUACUCAAAAAAGAAAUAGAACUUCUUGAGAGCUUAUCAGAUAUGAAGGACGCAUCGUUACUCAUGAAGAGCGAUCAGAAAGAAGAGAUUAAUAAGCUUGAUCAACAGUUCCAGAGCUUAGGAAUGGAUGAGAUGACUCCGCUUGACCAGGAGAGUCCAGAGUUCACCCAGUUGGUGGAUUACUUGAUGGAUACGCGAGGAGCAACUCAUAGCGCCAACUACCAGGUAUCGCAAAUUUUCAGAGUCGAGCGCGGCGGCGAAAAAGAUCGCUUAGAAGCCGUACACGAGGCAUACCAAGACAGACGACUUUUGUGGCACGGCUCUCGCUGUACCAAUUUUGGUGGUAUCCUCUCACAGGGAUUACGUAUCGCGCCUCCCGAGGCUCCGGUUACAGGUUACAGCAACGGGCAUGCGCUGCUGCUUCUUUGCGAAGCAGAACUUGGUGACCCAAUGCAAACACUCACCGACGCCUCAUAUAGCGCUGCCGAAGAUGCUAAGUCAAAGGGAAUGUUAUCAACUUGGGGCCAGGGGUGCACAGGCCCGAGCCAAUGGAAAGAUGCCGAAUGCGUUCACCCAUCAUUAAAAGGAGUGAAAAUGCCUGAUACUAACGUGAAGCCCGGUGCUACCGGCGUUCCUAAUGCCUACCUUCUCUACAAUGAGUACAUUUGCUACGAUAUCUCUCAAGUUCGCUUGCGGUACCUCCUUCGGGUCAGAAUGUAG